AUGGUGCGCCUCAGGGAGAUUCCCCGAACGGCCACGUUCGCCUGGUCUCCCGGUGCUCAGACGCCAUUGUUAGCUACUGGAACUCGAGCGGGUGCUGUUGAUUUUGAUUUCUCAAAUGAAACCAACUUGGAGUUGUGGGAUCUCGGACUCGACAAGGAGAAUGCCGGGGAAUUACAGCCUUUGGUCAAGGUUCCAACGGACUCGGGCUUCCACGAUCUCGCCUGGAGCGACCACUACGAUAACAAGCGGGGAAUUGUUGCGGGAGCUCUUGAUGACGGAUCGCUCAAACUCUGGGAUGCCGACAAACUUCUGAAUGGGACAAGCGAUGCAUUGGUAGCGUCACCACAGAAGCACUCCGGUGCCGUCAAGUCUUUACAGUUCAACCCAAGACAUUCCAAUCUCCUCGCUACUGGUGGCGUAAAAGGAGAGCUUUUCAUCACAGACUUGAAUAACGUCGAGAACCCAUUCCGUCUCGGAAACACCGCCGCUCGUGCCGACGAUAUCGAAUGCUUGGAUUGGAAUAAAAAGGUUGCGCAUAUUUUGGUGACAGGUACCAAUGCUGGCUUCGUCACCGUCUGGGAUGUGAAGACAAAGAAAGAGAGUCUUACCCUGAACAAUUACGGCCGGAAGCCUGUCAGUGCUGUGGCCUGGGACCCUGAAAAGCCAACGAAAUUGGUGACAUCCAUUCCGCUCGAAUCUGAUCCGGUCAUCCUCGUUUGGGAUCUGCGAAACUCUCAUGCGCCUGAGCGGGUCCUUCGAGGACAUGAAUCUGGUGUCCUAUCUCUCUCGUGGUGCGCUCAAGAUCCCGAACUCCUUUUGUCAUCGGGCAAGGAUAACCGAACGAUUUGCUGGAACCCUCAAACGGGCGAGAAUUACGGAGAGCUGCCAAUCGUCACAAACUGGACCUUCCAAACACGAUGGAACCCGCACAACCCUAACUUCUUCGCUACCGCUUCCUUCGAUGGCAAGAUCACCGUCCAAACACUUCAAAACACGAGCAAGGAGGCUGCUAAGGCCGCAGCUACCCAGAACCAAGCGUUGGACGGAGAAGAUUUCUUUGCGCGUGCACAAACCCAACCUCAAGCUACCACGUUUUCCCUGCCAAAAACGCCCAAAUGGCUCGAAAGGCCUGUUUCAGCAUCUUUUGGUUUCGGCGGCAGAGUCAUCUCUGUAGGCCUGACCGAAAGUGGCAGCCGUACCUCAAAGGUCAGAAUCACACCGUUCCAGGUCGACUCCACUGUUGGUAGCGCCGCAGAGAGCUUUGAAUCAGCUCUGAAAGAAGGAAAUCUUAAAAGCAUUGUCCAGUCACGCAUUGACAGUGCUUCGACCGAAGAGGAGAAAGCCGACUGGAAAGUCAUUGAGAACUUGCUUUCUGAAAAUCCACGCAAGAAUCUUGCAGCUUACCUUGGGUUUUCUGAUGAUGUCAACGAUGUUGCUGAGGAGGUUAGCAAGUUGGAUAUCAAGGAGGAGACGAAUGGCGAACUUUCGCCAGCGUCAGCAGAUGCCAAGAAAAAGCAUAAACGUAUUCAAUCCAUUUUCGACACGUCUGGAGAAUCAGAUAAUUUCUUGACCGACCUGGCCGCUUCUAAAGGUGCACGAACCAACAAUCCAUUCAGCAUCUACACUGGAAGCGAGUCCGAAGCGGACAAGGCAAUUACAAAGGCUCUUUUCUUGGGACAAUUUGAGCGGGCUCUUGAUAUUGCACUCCAAGAGGAUCGUUUGUCUGAUGCAUUCAUGAUUGCUGUUUGUGGUGGAGAUAAAUGCGUUGAAAAGGUGCAGGAAGUCUAUUUCUCGAAACAGACUGGGGGUCCGAAUUACGUUCGUCUGUUAGCCUCAAUCGUGGGCAAGAACCUGUGGGAUGUCGUCCACAAUGCGGAUCUUUCCAACUGGAAAGAGAUUAUGGCUACACUGUGCACUUUCGCGGACGAGAAGGAGUUCCCUGACCUCUGUGAAGCCCUUGGUGAUCGACUAGAGGAGUCAGCUCAAGCCAACUCUGAAAAGAGCAUUCGCAAGGAUGCUUCCUUCUGUUAUUUGGCUGGAUCUAAGUUGGAGAAAGUGGUUACUAUCUGGCUCGAAGAAUUCAAGGAAGGUGAAAAGGAAGGUAUUGAUCAGGGCCAGGAGGGAUCUAGUUUUUCAGUUCACGUCCGUGCCUUGCAAGCAUUCAUCGAGAAAGUCACGAUUUUCCGUCAGGUGACAAAUUACCAAGAUGCCGAUCGCCAGAAGGACGCCGAUUGGAAGUUGAGCGUUCUUUACGACAAGUACAUUGAGUACGCCGAUGUUGCUGCUUCCCAUGGCCGUCUUGAUGUGGCAGAGCGAUAUCUUGGCUUGGUACCAGAUAAAUAUGACGAAGCUGAGGCUGCCAGGAACCGAAUCAGACUGGCGACAAGGAAAGCCCCAGCCGUUGCAGCCAAGGCCGCAGCUCAGAUCCCGCAGGCACGAACGAGCUCGCUCCCACAGCCCAAUAUCUACCAACCGCCUCAGCCUACCUUCAGCCCAGCACCACCUGUCAGCAACCCGUACGCUCCUACAAAUACCCCACCACCUGCUGCACCUGCUCAACAGGCUAAUCCUUAUGCUUCAUUUGGGACUGGCCCCUAUCAGCCAACUGGUGGCUACCAGCCCGUUCAAGCUACGAAACCACCUGUUGCACCCCCACCACAGCAAUAUGGACCUGGACACGGAGGAGUACCACCACUUCCCAGGGGAUACAACCAAUCUCCCUCUGUGCCUCAAGUCUCAACCUACACGACCCGAACUGAUCUUCCCGCAUGGAACGAUUUGCCCGAAGGAUUUGGUGCGCCAAAACAAACCUCGCGACGCGGCACACCAGCUGCGGUUGCGUCUCCUUUCCCUGGUCAACAGCCCUCGGUUGUAUCUCCAGGCUCUCCGCCAAUUGGUCCACCUGUAGGCGGACAAAGGGCGCCUCCUCCACCACCAAAGGGCAGUGCUCCACCGCGCAUAACCUCACCUCCAGUUGGCCCUCCUAGACCGUCCUCGGUGUCUUCGAACCCACCAGCGCCCUUCAAUGCAUAUGCUCCUCCAGCGACAGCUCAGUCACCGCCUACAGUACCUGGAUUAGCCAUGCCUCCACCCAUUCCGCGAGGUCCAUCUCCUUAUAAUGCACCUCCUUCUGGUCCGCCUCCCACCAAUCGAUAUGCUCCUAGUCCUGCUGCCCAAGCCCCACAACAAUCGAGACCUCCCCCCAGUGGUCCGUAUGCACCUCCACAGCAAGCCGCUGCUCCGAGCCCGUAUGCACCUGUUGCAGGAGCUGCUCCUCCGCAGGCUGGACCACCACCAACAGGACCUCCUGGUGGACCCCCGCCAGCUGCAGGAUCGCGACCAGGAACUGCGCAAUCUCAGACACAGAAGAAGGCAGCACCGCCUCCGCCAAAAUACCCCCCCGGUGACAGAUCCCACAUUCCACCCAACGCCGCACCCAUAUACGAGAUCCUCUCCAACGACAUGCAGCGCGUAAAAUCACGAGCCCCAGCAUCCUUCAAAGCCCAAGUCGACGACGCCGAGCGAAGACUCAACAUUCUCUUCGACCAUCUUAACAACGAGGACCUCCUCAAACCCAACACCAUCGCUGAUAUGGUCGAAUUGGCCAAAGCAAUUCAGGCUCGGGAUUACGAUACGGCUAAGAAUAUUCAUCUUGAUAUUUUGACGAAUCGGACUGAUGAGUGUGGUAAUUGGAUGGUCGGUGUAAAACGCCUGAUUAGCAUGAGUCGAGCAACUCCUUAG